UGGAGAUCGGGAUCUUCUUCUUCCUUUGCUGCUUGUGUUAGAGUUACCCGUACGAGCCUUGAAAGUUGAAACUUUGAAGAAUGACGACGAUGUCCGAUCUUACCGACGAUUUGUUAUCGGAAAUACUUUCUAGGGUUCCGAUAACAUCUCUGAGAUCAGUUCGAUCAACUUGCAAAAAGUGGAACUCUCUAUCCAAAAAUCGGGUCUUUGGUAAAGCAGCAAAAGCAGCAGCAAGGAAUCAGUUUCUAGGGUUCAUGGUGAUGGAUUCUAAAGUUUGUUCCUUGAAAUUCGAUCUCCAAGGAAUCCGCAGCGACGGCGAUGAAUUCUUCGACCCAUCUAUAAAUCCAGUAAGUAUACUUGAACCAGUCGAGAUAUCUAAGGCCUUUCACUGCGACGGUUUGUUGUUAUGCGUUACCAAAGACAGCUCGAGGCUCUUGGUGUGGAACCCAUAUCUGGGGCAAACCAAGUGGAUACAACCCAUAAACGAUUUCCACAGAUUCGACAGAUUUGCUCUCGGGUACGAUAAGAACCGUAAUCACAAAAUCUUGAGGGUUUUCGAUUUCUAUCAAAGCGUAAACAGCCGCGAUUUUGGCUACGAGAUCUAUGGUUUUAGCUCUGAUUCAUGGAAGGUUCUUGAUUUCACUCCUAACUGGAAGAUACCGUCUCAUCAACGCAGCGUGACUUUGAAGGGAAAUGCUUAUUUUUUCGCUCAAGAGAAGAUAAUAGUGGAAGGAGAAGUAACAACAGAGACUGAAGACUUUUUACUCUGCUUUGAUUUCACAUCAGAGAGAUUUGGACCGCGUCUUUCUCUGCCGUUUCACUCUGGCGAUGAAGAGACUGUGACUCUGUUCUGUAUCAGAGACGAGAAGCUCGCUGUGUUACAUCAACGGUGGGAGACAUGUGAGGUAAUGGAGAUUUGGGUUACCGAUAAGAUUGAUCCCAAUGCGUUGUCUUGGACCAAGUUUUUGGAAGUGGAUAUGAGUCUGCUCACUGGUUUUCCUGUUGACCCUUUUGCUGGAAGUUUCUUCAUUGAUGAGGAGAAGAAAGUCGUUGUUGUUUUCGAUCUAGACAGUAAUGAUGAACCGACCGAGACAUGUCGUCGCUACCAAACAGCUCACAUCAUUGGAGAUGAUGGAUACUUCAAAUCCGUGAAUAUUGGAGAAGUUCCUCAAGUAGUUUUUUUUUUUGCGUGUGUUAUCAUUCAAGAAAGAUUCUACCAACAUCUGUUGCUAUCUGCAAAUAAACAUUUUCUCAAUUUUUAUGUGACAAUUCCUCUGAAUACAUUCAGUUGA